AUGUCGAGCGAUCCAAUCGGACUUACCGAGGGUCCUGGCAACCCGGUCGAAAAAGCCGUCGAGAACCAACAAGAAGCUGGCAACCAAGGAAAAGGUCGGACAAGCGAGGCCGCCGCUGUUGAGAAGACCGUUGCGCCUGCGACUGUUGUCGGCAAAAGCCCCGUCGUCGAGAACAUUGAUGAGGAUGGCGAUCUUGUCCUCCAUGUCGGCCCCACUUCAAACCUGAGGGCAUUCAAAAUCGACUCCUCUACUCUUCGCCGCACCUCUGAAGUCUUCCGAGCGUGGAUUUGCCGCUGGAGGACCGACAAACCGAGCGAUUCACAAUGGGUAUUCGACCUGCCGGAGGACAACCCCGCCAGUCUCAAAACCAUCCUCCAUAUUGUCCACGGACAGUUUGACCAAGCCACAAAGACCAUGGCGGAGAGCGACGGCAGUAUGCUAUACGAGCUGCUGGUGCUUUGCGACAAAUAUAACAUGGCCUACAUGAUCAAGCCCUGGGCUAAUGCAUGGCUCAAUCGCACCAUCAAAGACACGCAAGAUAAGCCCAGCUACUGGAAGCUUGCAUUCAUUGCUUGGGAAUUAGGACGUUAUGAUCUAUUCACCGAGAGCUGUCAAAAUAUCAUCCUUACGUCCCAGGCUUCCCAUGAUGGAAGCGGACUAGUGGCCUAUGGAUGCCAGUUGGGUGAUUGCCGCCUUGGCCCUCUCGAGAUGGAAGGUUUGUGCAUGGUGGUGUUCAUUAGCCGUUUCGUACUGCCGACUAACAGAAGAACGAUAGAGAGAUUCGAACCGAUCAGAUACGCGAUUAUUCAAGCCCUACUCGACUUCUACCACACUGAGGUCAAGGAUCGUCUGCUUGGGAAGGUCCCUACCCACAGUCCCGUUCAACCUACUGCAUCUCACUCUGUAGGGAGAUCACCAACCCUGUCAUUCGACAACACUCGCCAAACCUCAUCUCGUUCCCCAAUGACCAACACCGCGUGCAAUCAGAUUGUUCUGGGGGGCAUCAUCCAGGCCACCGUGACGCUACUACGGGGCUCAACCAAAACCGAGAAUAUGGACGCUGGAAUCUUGGUCCUUCUUCCCACUGAGGCAUCUGAGCUCAAGGAUAGCCCUGCCAAGCUCAUUGGACAGAUGACUACUAUCUUCCAAGCCGUUCAGCCAUUGGGAUAUGGUCACGAGAUCUGCCAUCCUGCAGCCAGGUUUCUGUCUUUUCAGAAAACCAUCAAGGAGUUCACGGCAGAGUGUAAUAAAGGAUGGGAGGGUCUGCUGUUGACUCCAGCGGAUAAAGACAGACUGGCCAAGAGAAAGGUGCUCUUUGGCUGA